UACCAGAGCUAACCUCAUAUCCUUCCCUUUCAUCGCUUGUUUAACAUAUGCUAUUAUCGUUAAAAUUUUAUUUAUAUAUCAUGUAAAUUGUAAAUAUUAACCAAAUAAUAAUAUAUUGAAUAACAUAUAAAUCUGCGAUAAGUGUCUACACUGCCAAACAUGAGUGCUCCUACAAAUCUCAAGAAACACAGUACCCACUGUCAACCAGAUGUUCAUGUAAUGGGUUGUGUUGAACGAACGCAAGGAGAUGGCAUGGAAAAUGUGACGGCAGACAAGGUUGAGAUUAAACAAAAUCGAAGUCGGCUUGGCGAAACUCUCAUUUAUCAUCCUACAAACUUGAAGCAAUUAGGAUCAACAGCUCCUGUGACUCCCACUGGUACAAUAGUGAACCUAGUGCCAAAGAACAUUAGCAAUGUAAAGCCAAACAGACGUAUUUUGCAUUCUUUAAAAUCAAAAGAACCAAAAUUUGUACCUUAUGAACCAUAUAAGGCAGCUGUUAAUCCAAUAGUGCCACUUGAAAAGAAGAACAAAAAAUUUCCCAGAAGUGAAUCAAGUAUGAAUGCCGCAAUCGCACAAGUUGCUGCGAUGAAAAUACAAGACACUGGUACAAGAGUGAAGGAUUGUGUGAAAGAAAAUGAAGAGAAGAUAUUAGAAGACGAGUGGAACAGCGAAAAACGGAUGUACGAAGCUGAAAUCCGCAAGCUGAAAGAAGAGAACAAUCAACUUGAAACUCAGUUAAAAUUUCAAGCACAAGUCAAUGGAGAAUUAAAGAACUUGCUGGUUGCUGCGGUAGGCGAAGAUUUGCAAACAAGAGUUCAUCUAUUAACCGAAGACAAGUUGCAACUUGCAAGAGCUCUUUUGAAUUCAGCUCAACGUUUAUCUACGCAUCAAGAACAAACAGAAUGGCUGGCAGGCCAAUGUGAAGUUUGGAGAAGUAAAUUUCUAGCCAGUAGUUUAAUGGUGGAAGAUUUGGCAAGAUGGAAGGCUGCACUCUGCCAAAGAACAAUAGAACUUCAAGAAACUAUGAAACGGCUAUUAGAAGAACAUACCGGUAUUCGCGAUACAUCGCUUAAAACAUACAAAAUGCUCAUGAUCCUGCGAGAGAAAUUUGAUCCUGUAGGGACAUCUGGCAAGAAACAUGGAUUAGUUAGUACUAAUAUUAUGGAUCUUGCGCAAGGAAGUUGUCAACUUGCGGAAAUUCUGAAAGUUACUUUGCUCAGUGGUAUCCCGGAUUCAGAAUUGCAAAAAGAUAUCGAUAUAACUGGUUUAGAUAUGAAAACACUUGCAGAGAACAAUGCGGAGAAGUUAUUAAUGAAUCAAAAAUUACCUAUGACUGAAAGAGAUGAUGUUGCUUGUACUGCGGUGAUGGGGGCAGCGGUUGCGGUUGGCGGGCAAAUGUUUCUUCCACGAUGUGACACUAACAAUAUGACAUGUUGCCCGCAUUGCAGUGGCGAAAUUAAACAGAUUUGAAGAAAACCCUACUUUUUAUAUCUUCCACAUAACUCUUUUUGUACUAAAUAUACCGAAUAUUUUUUAAAAUCUAAUGUUAUAACACAAUACUUUAGCUCUAUAUUUUUUUCUUUUUAUAUCUAAUUAAUUUAUAUCUAAUUAAUAUAUAGUUUAUAA